UCAUUCCUCGUGCGCCUACACAGCCGCCUCCAACCGGCGGGAAGCACGCGCUGGAAUCUGGGCUUGAAUUUCCAACUUGGACCGUCUGUUAAAAACACAAAGCGUCCACCGGUAGAAAGGAGCGGUCACACGGAGGAAUCUGAGCGGCUGUUACGCUCCGGAGCCUCGGCGCGGAUUAGCUGGGCUGGUUCCUCCCUCUUUCGGUAUGCACAGCCCGCUGCGGGUCUGCCAACCACCGGUAACGAGGAGUGGAGCUCCAGACCACAGGCUCGUUCCUUUUCCUCAAAAGUGCAUUUCUUAUUCUUCCUGCUGCUGAAAACAGUUUUCUUUGUGCUGGGUGGAUUAUCAGUCAGGUGAGACUGAUUCGCCUGUUUUUGAUAACGGAGGACGGACGCGGACACCGCCCGGACCCGUAUUCCAUCUUCGUUCGUGGCUUUAUAAAUAGAAAAUAAAAAAUAAAAAAGCAAAGAGAGUACAGCUGCAGCCGUGCCUGCAGGCGGACGGGGAUGUUUGUCCGGGAGUGAAAUAAUAGUUUGGUGUGUUCUAUAGGCCCUACCUGCAGCAUUAUCUGCAUGUUUUUGGGGAGUGAGGACGCUCUUUGCUCUCAAGGACACCCUCUGUGUUGGUGGCAGUAGUUACCACUAAGUGUGUGGGGGUUUUGGAAGCACUAACCGGAUUUCUACCGUUUAAGCCUCGCAGCAUCACUUUUCUGUUCGGAUACGCACACGUCUCUGAGGACUGAGGAGAAAACUGCUCAUUUACGCGGAUGGCUCGAGUUUAACCGCGUUGUUGGAGUAACGUUGGAGCUUAAUUUGGGAGUUUUUCCCAUCAGUCCUUCCUCUCUUUCUUCCAUCCAUCUAUCUAUCCAUCCAUCGGCUUCUCCUCUGAGGAUCUAUGCGCACAUGAGAGCUUCUCGUGGGUUUGCACGUUAAGACGACCGGCACCUGGAUUCGUCUGUUCUGCCUCACUGCGCGUACGUAGGUUCCGGCUAUUCCGCUUUAGCCGCUUCCCGGACCCCCACCCCCCCCACCCCAACACACACUCUCCAGUUUAUUCAGCCCUAGUAAAAAACAAAGAUAGCCUCUCCCUUCUCUCUCUCUCUUUGCGGGGAAAGGAGACGCGCAGGAGAGGAGACCGGGAGUUGGGAUAAGCUGCGGAGCCUGGGCGCCCGUUUCAAAGCCCCGAGAGGCUCCUCGUUGUUAUUUAACUCUCCUAUCCGUGCAGUCACCGGGAGAGGAAGAGGAUUUUGGGAGAAUAGAUACACGGCAAGAAGAGAGGGGCUGGAGAUCGAUGAAGGAAUGAAGAUGGACCCUUACACUUUCUGUUUGAAGAGGAUUAGAGGACGUCUUAACAGCUGCUAGCAAUAAUGACUCCAGGUGUCAGGAAGGAUUGAUCUUGCAACCAGAUGACAGAAAGGAAGGAGGAGGGUGUCCUUGUUAGCUUGUCAUCCCGUUGUAACCCCGAGGCCGGUGAUGUGACUGGAAUGUGAAUUCAUCAUAAAAGACUGACUCUACCCGAGGACUUCCUGCUUCCCAUGAAACUCAGGCAUAUUGACUGACAGCUGAUGGGGCCAAUGACAGAUGUGGGGACUCUUAAGUGGAUCUAAUCUAGUUGGGCGCUGCAUGGACGGGAACAUGAACCUGGACGAGCACCAGCUCUGCUUUGGGCCCCGUUAGAAGUGGACCACCUCCCCCCCGCUGCCCCCCUCCCCUUCCUCAUAAAGAGGCGUCUGCAGAUCAGAUCUAGUCGUCACACGUCCCAGCUGGACCCGACCUUGAUUGGCUCCAUUGGUAAAUAAACGCUGAGGUCCUCUGGAUCAGCAGGAGAGCAGCCAUGGAGGUCACCUCGUCCCUCUUCAUCGUCCUCCUCCUCCUCUUCGUCCUCCUGUCCUCCCUCCCCCCCGGCCUGUCCUCCAUGUUGUGUCCGAAGCGCUGCACCUGCCAGAACCUUCUGCCGUCCUACACGGUGCUUUGCGCCAAGACGGGCCUCCUCUUCGUCCCGCCCAACAUCGACCGUCAGACGGCUGAGCUCCGGCUGAUGGACAACUUCAUCACGACGCUGAGGCACCGGGACUUCGCCAACAUGUCCAGCCUGAUCCAUCUGACUCUGAGCAGAAACACCAUCAGUCAGAUCAGGCCGUACGCCUUCGCCGACCUCCAGGACCUCCACGCCCUCCACCUGGACGCCAACCGCCUCACCACGCUGGACGACUCCCACUUCCAGGGCCUGGUGAACCUGAGGCACCUCAUCCUGGCCAACAACCAGCUGCACAGUAUAUCAGAGGGGGCCUUCCAGGACUUCCUGGAGACGCUGGAGGACCUGGAUCUGAGCUACAACAACCUGGUGGACAUCCCCUGGGAGACCAUCGCGUUGCUGGUCAGCGUCAACACCCUCAGCCUGGACCACAACCUCAUAGAGAGCGUCCCCGAGGGAAUCUUCUCCAACCUGCACAAGCUGGCCAGGCUGGACAUGACGUCCAACAAGCUGAAGAAAAUCCCCCCUGACCCGCUGUUCCUGCGCAUCCCCGUCUACGCCAAGAUGAAGGGGUCUCCUCUCACGGCGCUGGUGCUGAGUUUUGGUGGGAACCCGCUGCACUGUAACUGUGAGCUGGUGUGGCUGCGCAGGCUGACCAGAGAGGACGACCUGGAGACCUGCGCCUCGCCCCGAGACCUGGCCGGGAAAUACUUCUGGACCAUCAGAGAGGAGGAGUUUGUCUGCGAGCCGCCGAUGAUAACCCGUCACACCUCCAAGAUGUUCGUGAUGGCGGGUCAGGAGGUGAGCCUGCGCUGUAAAUCCAUCGGAGACCCAGAGCCUUCGACGCACUGGGUCAGUCCGGACGGGAAGCUGAUCGGGAACACGUCCAGAACCAUCUGCUACGAGAACGGGUCCCUGGACAUCCUCAAGGCCUCGGUCAAGGACUCUGGGAAGUUCACGUGUAUAGCGUCUAACGCGGCCGGAGAGGCCACCGCCCCCGUGGAGUUAGUCGUCAACCCGUCUCCGCACUUUGACCCCAAGCUGGACCCCGACCCGGGGCCCUCCGACAUCCCCACGUCCAUCAAGUCCAACGUGAGCGGAGGCCACGCCCGCUCCGACCAGCAGAGGGUCAGCGUGUCCGACCUGACGUCCACCUCCGCCACCAUCCGAUGGCCCCCGCAGAACCACAUCCCAGGGGUCCGCAUGUACCAGAUCCAGUACAACAGCUCCACGGACGACAUCCUCAUCUACAGGAUGAUCCCAGCCAACCACAAAUACUUCCUGCUGAGUGACCUGGCGUCAUCGCGGGACUACGAGCUGUGUGUUUUGGCCGUAUACGACGACGGCAUCACCGCCCUGACCGGCACCAAGCUGGUGGGCUGCGUGUCCUUCACCACGGAGACCGAGUACGGGCGCUGUCACUCCAUACGGGACCAGUUCUUGGGCGGCACCAUGAUCAUCAUCAUCGGGGGCAUCAUCGUGGCCUCUGUGCUCGUCUUCAUUUUCAUCCUCCUGAUGAAGUACAAGCUGCACAGUAACCACUACAAGCAGAAAGCUGUGGCGCGCCACGCCAACGUCUGCUCCCAGACCAACGGAGGAGGAGGAGCAGGAGGAGGAGCAGGAGGAGCCAACAUCCUCGCCCUGCCUCCGUCCUCCUCCUCUGCAGGGCAAGGUGGGAGUAAAAACUGCCAGCCAUCAUCAUCGUCAGAGGGGAUGGGAGGAGCUUCUCUUCGAGGGACAACUGUAGUGGACUUAAACCCCACCCACGACGACGACACCAUCUCCCAAUAACACACAAGAAACUGUCACUCAGACCCACACCCACCGAUCUCUUCGCCCAAAACCACUACACCACCUCCCUCCCUCCCCCCUCCCGACCCCACCCCUCCUUUUUUUUAUUUGUUGCUGGUGCCUGGAGCCGAACUCCACCUCACGCCGAGGAGCCGCUCCUGUCGUUGAUUUACUUAAACUCAGCUGGAGGGAGGAGAGGCGGGAGAGGUGUCUCGUGGUUUCAUCUUCGUCGUGAUCUUCAGGUAUUGACCCGCAGACACACCUGACCCUCUGACACAGAGAAGGGUCCUGCAGCCGGAGGAGGAGGACGUCCAUCCUACCUGCUGAUAUGCAAACGUCUCCGCUGCAGGGACGGACAUGUUGGACACAGGCCAGGAUCUGGAUUCGUAUUCGGUGCUUAACUGGGUCUCGAAAUCCUUGGAUCAGAGGAAAAAGCUUCUUCUUCUUCUUCUUCUUCUUCUUCCUCCUCCUCCUCCUCCUCCUCUCUGGAGGAUGAACCCAGAGAUGUGACGGGGGCUCUAACGGGUGUCUGCAGGAUUUAGUCUCUGCAUUUUGACAGUUUGAAUCUGUACGGACCCUGAAUUCUGCUCAGGGACUACGCUGAACGGAUUACUGCGGAUGUUGGGUGGGGGGGAACCCGUCUCGGAUGUGUUUUUUUCUGGUCGGUGGCGUCGCUUUUCUCUUUCCCCAGCAUACAGUCACAUGCCAAAGGAUUACAACAGUAUCAUCGGGACUUUAUGCAGACUUGUGAAAGCACACUCCUCUUUCUUGUUAUAAUUAUUAUUCCUCAGCAGACGAAGAGAAACGAUUACAUGUUGGGCCUUGGAAGGAAAAUACGAGCACACUGUCUUGUCUCAAAAGCAUCAAACUAAACGGUGAACUUCUCUGGCACUUUAAUCACAUGUCUUCAUCUCAUCUCCUUCUCUCUAUCUCUAUCUCUGUCAGUCUUUCUUUCUCAUGCUCAUGCAAACUGAAUAGUAUAUUCUCCAGUAUUACCAGUUUCUCUCAACUCUUCUGGCUGUGGAUGACUUAGAUAAUGUUGAAAUAAUCCGUGUGUUUGCGUCCAUGGUGGAUUGGUUCUCUCUGUGUCGGAGUAUUGAAAAAAAAUACAAAAAAAAAAACAAAACAGAAACAACAACAACAAAAAAAGACAACAACAAACACAAAACCUUGGUGUCCCGAGGACGGAGCCCUGAUGAGCACCAGCGGGAUUUGAUUCAACGCCAAAACUUAAAGCACACAUGUCCAUCUCUACACGAUGGGGAAUCUGUUUGACUCUGGAAAGCAGCUGCACGCUUGCAGAACACGAGUGUACGCGACUGCAUGUGUUCCUGCGACUAAAAGCUGGCGCUCGUUACUGCGCUACUGCAGUUUUUUAAAAGAUGGCCAGCAGAACUCAUGCUGUCCCGUCCCCUCCUUCCUCCUCACUGCCCCCCCUCCCCCCUUUUAUGCUGUUUGACAGUGUCUGUGUUUGUAUGUGACAUACACCUUACAGUCUUCGAUGGUUUGAUACCCAUGAUUUACUUUGAAUAUAACGAAACGAAUGACCACAAUAAGGAGAAGAAGAAGAAAAAAAAAUGACGACAUGCGAAAUGGGGAUUUUAUGCUUUCAUAGAUACAAUUAUGUGGAUUUAUAAUGAAAUAAAAAGGUAUUUUUCUUGGAUAAA